ACUGAGGCUGAGCUUCAAAGAUGACCAACGGAAUCCUGAAAAGUUCGUUGGCUAUUACCCUGCUCAAAACUCAAAUUCAGAUGCAUCAAGGACCUCAAUGUAAGGCCAGGUACUUGAAUGUGCUGGAAUAGAAAGUGUGGAAUAAGCCUGAACUCGUUGGCACAGGAAAGACUUUCUGAACAGGACACUGAUAGCACAGCUCUGGUUACAAGCGGACCACCAUGCCAGCUGGGCGUCUCCAUGGCUGCAGAGGAUGUGAGUGCAGACCACCAUGCUUGUGAGGUGUUUUCUUUUCUGCUAGAGCAAAAGUAUUGUGGGAUAUGGUUGAGAAAGGAAGAUGGAAGAUGCUGGAGAUUAAAUUACUUUCAUCGUGAAGAUGCUCUAGGAGGCGAACCUUCUACAAGCAUGAAGCCUACAAUAUGUUUUCUUCUUAUCUUCGUCUCCCUCCUCCAUCUGAUGAUCACAGUGAACACUCAGUCCUCUGUAGACUCUUCAGUGAAUAAAAAUAACCAGGACGAUUUCCACGGCGUAGACCCCCAUUGGGGGCCUUCGAAGCUCUUCUGCACUCGUGUCAAAAAUCCAGGCAGAUGGUCCUCCUGUCCUCCUGGGAUGGCUGUUACUGGCUGUGCUUGCAGCUCUGGCUGUGAAUCUUGGGAGAUCCAGAAUGGAAAUACUUGCCACUGCCAAUGCUCAGCCAUGGACUGGACCACCACCCACUGUUGCCGACCAGCUUGAGGAUGAGGAGGCUGAGAACCCAAGUUUUCAAUGAUGACCAUAUUGAAACCAUGGGCUCACUCAAGAAACCUGACUCACUGUCUCCCUAAUGAAUAUUACCCAAUAAUUCUUCCUGAGUAAUACAGAUCUGUUCUUGUGCA